AUGUGUUACAAGGAGUCUGGCCAAUCAUCGCCGAGUUUAAAGGAUCGACUUCAAAAAUUGGAUGAAAUAGAAUCAAAAAUUAUGCAAAUUAUGCAGUCAGCUGGAGGUACUCUGGACGAGUUGUCAAAGGACGUUCCUUCGCAAAAGCAAAUCGAAAUAUAUGCUCGCAGUUUCAGGGAUGCUGUUCGAGAUGUGGAGCUUGAGCUAAUUUCCCAAUUAAACUACCUUAGUCAAGUGCUGGCUGGUCUUCCUUACGAAAAGAAUGUCUACAAAGAAACAAUUGAUCUGACUAUUGCAGCGGAACGUCUCAAGAAUUCUCUUCACGCAGAUUCAACUCAGGACGGUCUACCGGUGAAGAAUGAAGUCAGCAAUCUUCUUUUGAGGACUGAUGCGGUAGAAUCCGAUCCUGCCGUUACCAGCACAGUUAAUGAAUCCGAAUUAAGCUAUUCUGAUUCGUCCAGCGGGAAGACAGAGGUUCCUCCUUCAGCAAAGCCUCAUUGGCGAUUUUGUUCAGUACAAACGGUGAACUCGCCCCACUUUUUCAGAAGUGAAACACCCCAAACAUCUGUACAUGAAUUUGAAAUCCCCGAAUACGAGUUUGAUGAUGAAAUACCAGACCUUGAAGGUGACCUAGACGAUGACGGCUUCGGAGGACCAAUGACUCCUGAGGAAUUUAUUGAUGAAGACUUUGAACGCGAACUGGGUUGGUAUGAAAAGGCAAGCGGUCAUUCGGGCAUGUUUGGAAUGUACGGUAGUACCAUCGGAAUAGACGCUUACCAUCUUGACUUCCGUGGCUUCCUUUUGCAGGAACUUUCCAUUCAAGAAGUUAUCGACUCAGAAUUCCGUGACAUCUCCCGACUCGGUAUUAUCCAAGUUGGAGUCACCGAUCACGAUGGCCGAAGUGUCUUUGCCUUCUUCGCCUGUCGUCUUCCCAACACCGGUCUCAUCGAUCACGAUCGGUUGUUGCAGUAUGUGACAAAGACUCUUGAGCAGUACGCGUCUUCGGACUACACUUUGGUCUACUUUCACUGGGGUCUGACGAGCCGGAACAAGCCCAGCUUUCCCUGGCUUGCACGGGCCUAUCAAACUUUUGACCGAAGCUUCAAGAAGAACCUCAAAUCUCUUAUCAUCGUCUACCCAACUCGUACUGUUUGUGUGCUCUGGAACUUAUUCAGUGCCUUUGUCAGCUCCAAAAUGAAGAAGAAGCUGCACUACGUUAAAAACCUUCAUGAUUUGGAGGACUAUCUUCCCGUUUCUCAGUUGCGUCUUCCUCUACGGAUUCGUGACUACGACAGUAAGAUAGGUCUCUUUGGAGUGUCUUUGUCCAUUGAUCCUGCAGCCGUCUCUGUGCUCGGAGACCACGAUAUUGAGGAUGGACCUUACAAUGAUUGUCAACAAUUUGGCGUAUCUCUAGAAUACAUUAAGGCCAACAACGGUGGACGCAAGCUACCCAUUGUUGUUGAAGACACUAUAACCUAUCUUCGGGGCCAUGGUCUUGACACCAUUGGUCUGUUCGUCAAACCCGUUCACUUAAUGGCACUUCGCGACGUCCAAUCCAUGUAUAAUCGAGGUGAAUACGUUGACCUAUGUGAGAUCAACGACCCUCACUUAGCUGCCCACUUAUUGAGAUCCUUUCUCACCGAUUUGAAAGAGCCCCUUCUAACCUUUGACCUCUACGAGAGCAUUCUCAAAUCUUGUAGUAAGUCAGAAAAGUUGUGUUUUUGA